AUGCUUCAGGAAAUCAGCAGUCCCUUUGAGACCGAUCGAUUCAACGUUUUGAAAUCCAUUUGUGAGCAUCAUUUUGAAGAUGAUGAUGAUAGUGUCAGCGCAACAUUUUAUGCACCAACUCCUGCAAACGCGUACUCAAGGAGUUCAAGCUUCAGCAAUAUCUUACUGAUAGAGAGUUGGAGCGAACUGCCCCUAAAAGUUGACGACUCGGCGGACAUGUUGGUGUACGACGCUAUGUGCGACGGGCUCAAUUCUGGGUGGACAAUGCCCUCGGUGUCGAAUCAAGAACAUGAUUUUGAAGUGACGACCAUUGAUUAUGACAGCAUUGGUCUGGCAAUAGAGAAGAAAUUGGAGAUGGUGGAACAGGAGGUACAAGCGCUGGUCGAGAAGAAACAUUACAAAGGAGUAAGGAGGCGACCGUGGGGAAAAUACGCGGCGGAAAUAUGGGACCCCAAGAAGAACGGGACAAGGAUUUGGCUCGGGACUUACGACACACCCGAGGACGCGGCAUUGGCCUAUAACCGGACAGCUUCUAAGAUGAGGGGGUCCAAGGCCAAGGUCAACUUCCCUCACCUUGUCGGUGAGGCCGAGUACGAGCUUGUCAGGGUCAGCCGCAAGCGUUUGUCUGCUGAGCCUAGCUCGCCAUCCACGUCCAGCGAUGACGGUUUGGCGACGAGGACGAAGAGGAGAAAGAGGGAGGUGAAUGUGGGUGCUGAGGUGGAUUUUGGAACUCCACUCCCCUUUCCCAUAUUGGAUAUUGGUUUUUGGAGUGGGGAUGAACAAUUUGUACUUUGAUUAUGCAAACUGGAAAGACAUUGUUUUGAUCAAUGAGAAGUUAA